AGAAUUAAAUUUGACAUUUAGGAAUGUAAUGUUUUGAUCGUUUUUAUAGAUUUUUUUAUACGAAUUAUACAAAAAAGUGUUAGGAUUAUGAUCUAAAAAGUUUAACUACGAUGAGUCAAUGCGGCCUGUUGCAAUAAAUGCCAUAUAAACAAAACAUAAGUGAGGUUAUUUCAGAAAAAUCAGUGGCAUUGAUUGAUCUUCGGAAGAUACUAAAAAAAACAAUGCUAAACUCCUUAAAUGCACCUUACUAUUAGACUUGUAUACUUAACAGUCAUUAUCCAUGACAUAUUGACUGUUGGAGCUGAAUAUAAAUCUCAUCUGAACUGUUAUUAUACGAAGGUUUGUCAACAAUACCCUUCAAGAGAUGGAAUCAGUAAUUUAAGUCCGAAGUACUCGCAACCUGGUGUAGAAGUGCGUGGCAGUAACGUAGACAAAAUGACGAGCGGUUCAGGAGUCAAUGGCUUCUAUCGGCCCCGAAGUGCUCUUGCCCGGGCUAUGUAUGAGAAACAACACAAUGAUAGAUAUCUACAGGAACUUGACCAGAAUGAGUGGUACCGUGUGAACAAGGAUCGACUGUGUCCCGAGCUGAUCAAGAAGUUCGUUCAAUUGUACCCUGAUGAAGAAACCAAGGAGUUUCUGUCGGCCUCCAUAGAUAAGUCCUCGUGGGUGUGGACGCAGAUCUGGUACCUGCUUGCUAAAGCUGUGCUGAGACACUUCUGGUCCGUCACUGAUAUUAAUGGGUAAGUCUUAU